GGAGCUAGGCGGUGCGGGCGCUGCGCUCCGGGUCGGCCUGCUGCACCUGCCAGAUCGUCGCCUCUCCCUGCGCGCCCCCUCGCGCUCCCCUUCUCGCCUCUGUCUCUCCAGCCCGGUCUCCCAGCCUCAGCCUGACAGAACAGAGGAGCCGCUUUGUCGCCUGCCCAGGACCCGGCAUGGCCCAGCGGGAGCACCGCGCUCUGGAUCGGAUCUGUCGCGCCUUGGACGGGAUGAACAGCCGCGCCUUCUGCUUACACGCCCGCUGAGUGUGGUCGCCGUCCCGGAGACCCUCGUACGCCCCUGCGUUCCCUGUCACCACUGCCACCCGCUCCACCGACGAGGGCCGCUGGCCGCCCCCCGAAAUGGCCUGGAGAGCUGGUGCUUUGGUGGCGGUUGUCCUUCACGACGUCCAAGUCUGGGGACAGCCCCCGAGCUGCUAGCUGCUAGUACACUGAAUGGACCUUGACCCGCGGGUCGUUGCGGGCUUGGUGCCAAGCUGAGGGGCACCGGUGGAGCGCGCGUCCCGAACCCCCCAGCCCGCUGGCCUGCGCGGCCAUGAAGAUGAUACUGGUGCGCAGGUUUCGCGUGCUCAUCCUGGUAGUAUUCCUACUGGCUUGCGCUUUGCACAUUGCUGUUGACCUGCUACCCAAGCUGGACCGACGCGCCACGCGAUCCUCCGGGGAGCCCGGUUGCUCCUGCGCUCAGCCGGCAGCAGAGGCAGCUGGUCCAGGCUGGGCCCAGGCAAGGAGCAGACCGGGGGAGUCCGCCGGUGGCGACGCAGGCUGGCCCAACAAACACACACUGCGCAUCCUGCAAGACUUCAGCUCAGAUCCAGCCUCUAACCUAACCUCCCACUCCUUGGAGAAGCUGCCUUCUGCAGCAGAGCCGGUGGAUCACGCUCCGCGGGGUCAGGAGCCCCGUUCCCCGCCACCCCGUGACCCAGCGCAUCGGCCGCUGCUUCGAGACCCGGGGCCCCGACCGCGGGUACCGCCCCCUGGCCCCAGCGGGGACGGAUCGCUCUUAGCCAAGUUGUUUGAGCACCCUCUCUACCAGGGGGCUGUGCCUCCUCUGACAGAGGACGACGUCCUGUUUAAUGUGAACAGCGACAUCAGGUUUAACCCCAAGGCAGCAGAGAAUCCUGACUGUCACGGGGACAAAAGCGGCUGAGGAGUGCUGUUGGCAGUGUGGAGGCCUUCCUUUGUGGCCACCCUGCCUGGAGGAAGGCCGCAUGAAGGUGCUGAAGGCGCAGAAUUCUUGCCCACUGGUGAGGCAGCUGUGAACCUCUAUCCCAACUGGCUCAAAUUCCACAUUGGCAUCAACCGGUAUGAGCUGUACUCCAGACACAACCCAGCCAUCGAUGCCUUACUGCGGGACCUCGGCUCUCAGAAGAUCACCAGCGUCGCCAUGAAGUCAGGGGGCACGCAGCUGAAGCUCAUCAUGACCUUCCAGAAUUACGGGCAGGCGCUAUUCAAACCCAUGAAGCAGACGAGAGAGCAGGAGACGCCGCCUGACUUUUUUUAUUUCUCUGACUAUGAGAGGCACAAUGCGGAGAUCGCUGCCUUCCACCUGGACAGGAUCCUGGAUUUCCGCAGAGUCCCUCCAGUGGCUGGUAGGAUGAUCAACAUGACCAAGGAGAUCCGGGAUGUGACGCGGGAUAAGAAGCUAUGGAGAACUUUCUUUGUGUCUCCAGCCAACAACAUCUGUUUCUACGGGGAGUGUUCCUACUACUGUUCCACCGAGCAUGCCCUGUGUGGGAGGCCCGACCAGAUCGAAGGAUCCCUGGCGGCCUUCCUGCCUGACCUGUCGCUGGCCAAGAGGAAGACAUGGCGGAACCCCUGGCGUCGUUCCUACCACAAGCGAAAGAAGGCAGAGUGGGAAGUCGACCCUGAUUACUGUGAGGAGGUGAAGCAGACGCCACCCUACGACAGUGGCCACCGAAUCCUGGACAUCAUGGAUAUGACCGUCUUUGAUUUCCUCAUGGGGAACAUGGAUCGGCAUCACUACGAGACCUUUGAGAAGUUCGGGAAUGAGACCUUCAUCAUCCACUUGGACAACGGGCGCGGGUUUGGGAAAUACUCACACGAUGAGCUUUCCAUUCUCGCUCCUCUUCAUCAGUGCUGCAGGAUCAGGAGGUCCACCUACCUGAGACUGCAGCUGCUGGCCAAAGAGGAACACAAACUGAGCCUGCUGAUGGCCGAGUCCCUGCAGCAUGACAAGGUGGCACCCGUGCUCUACCAGCUGCAUCUGGAGGCCCUGGACCGGCGGUUGCGCAUAGUGCUGCAGGCUGUGCGAGACUGUGUGGAGAAGGACGGGCUGAGCAGUGUGGUGGAGGACGACCUAGCCACUGAGCACAGAGCCUCCACGGAGAGGUAGUGACCAGGCUGCCCAUGAGGAAGGAGGAGCACAGAGCCUAGCCACCUGUGAAUUCAGUGAAUUCGGACGGGAUCGGUCAUCCCCAUAGGGUGACCUGCGGCAGGGAGCAUGGGGUCUCCCUCAUGGUUCUGAUAGGGAUGUAUGGGCCUCCAAUUCCAGCAGAAACCAGACAAAGCACUCUGAACAUGCAGCAGAGUGGCCAGCGCUCCGUCCUUCCCAUAGGGAGGGACCUUUAACUCACUAUUUUGUACUUAACAAAAGGCUCACACUCCUGUUAAUGGAGAACCAUCCAGCAGACCAGAGAUAACCUCUGAGCCACUUCAAGGACCUUCUAUGAUGUGAUCACACUCUGGCCCCCAAUUACAACCCACCUUCUGCUCCUCUAUCCUGGGGCCUCCUCUCUCAAAGACUGUAGAGCUCUAGGAAGGGGAGACAGCGAUGGACAUCAUGGCCUGUGUCGGAGCAGAUGGGCACCCAAGAAUGGGUUUUUGGAUACCAAUGACCAGCUAUGCACUUGUCCGCUGCUGCAGAGCAGUCAGCCUUAUUAGUUGGUGGUGGGCACCGCCUGCCUUGGCUGAGCUUUGGACGAUGGGUGUCAAGACACUACACAGAGCCCAUUGGCCCCAGGCCAGCAGGCCAGCCUUGGGACAUUUUUGUGGAGUAGUUUGCAGUGAGAUAACAGUGCAAUAAAGAUACAGCAAGCGUG